AUGCGCGUCCGCAUGAGGGGCCGCAAGGUGCACCGCCUCGACGCCCUGCGGGCGGUCCCGCCGAGGGCCCUCGAGAGCCAGGACCCGGCCGACGCGUGGGCGGCCGUCGGCGUCCUCGUGUCCAAGUCGCCCCGGCGGCAGGCUGCCAACGGCGGGAGCUUCUCCGUCUGGACGUUGAGCGACCUGUCCCGCAGGGAGAACGAAGUGUCCCUCUUCCUCUUCCAGGAGGCGCUGGGCUCGCACUGGACCGUGUGCGAGGGGACGCUGAUCGCCGUGGUUGGUGCCAAGGUGUUGCCGGACAAGGGCGGCGGCGGCGGGAACGCUCCUCAGAGGCUGGCGUUCUCGGUGGACUCUCCCUGGCAGGUGAACAGGAUAGGCAUGUCGAUGGACUAUGGCCUCUGCAAGGGCAAGCGGAAGGACGGCAAGCCGUGCACCAUGCCCGUCAACAAGACGGAGGGAGGCGGGUUCUGCGAGUUCCACGUCGUGGCGGCCUUCAACAGGGCGCAGCGCAAGGAACCCGUGGGGAACAAAACCAAGGGAAACACUCAACAACCGGCACUCAGCAUGUCCGCGAAGCUUGGCGCAUCAGGCCUCUCGAGCAAGUCGGCGGCGGCGGCGGUGUUCCUGCAGAUGCCUCAGAGGUGUCCCGUGCGCCAGGACGGGACCAGAUCGGCCGAGGGCGAGAAGAUGCUUGCCGACGCACAGGUGUUGAUGAAGCAGCGCGCCAUCAAGGAAAAGGCAGACCAGCGAGGCCUGCUCCUUCGGCCCCAAGACCCAAACUCCGCGAGCAGCAUCGGCAAGAAGAGCAGCGACAAGCCGUCGGGUCUCCGGGCCGGAAGCAACAAGCGCCAGGCGGCAAGACCUGGCGCGAACCCCCUUCUCGCAGCAGGCGGCAGGGGCGGCGACGGCGGGGACCCGCUCGCCAAGAAGGUCAAGACGAUGAGCGCCGUGGAGAAGGAGCUGCUGUUGAGACGGGUUUCCAAGUACGCGGGACUGGCGGAGGAGGAGCGUGCGAAGGACGCAGACCGAAGCGUGCAGCGGCUGGAGCAGCGAGAGGCCAUGGCGGACAAGGCGGAAGAAGUCACCAAGAUGGUCGUCACGGUCUUCGCCUGCACACAGUGCAAGACCAGACGCAGCCGGUUCAACAAGCGCUGCAGGGAUCUCGGGCACGACCAGAAGGGCGUCAAGGCCACGCUCCGUUUCUUCGAGUGCACCAACUGCCGGAAGCGCUGCUCGAGCACCGAGCGCGUGCCGCGGACCGGGUGCGAGAGCUGCGGCAGGCACGACAUGUGGAAGCGGUGCGGCGCCCGGCCUGGCCGAGGGCCCGCCGAAGGCCCGCGGGACAAGCGGUUUGUGGCCGCCUUGUCGGAGAGCGGUGGUGAGAGACUGGAGAGGAGAUAGGGAGAGGGACAGAGAGAGGGGCGGGGCCAAUAGAGAAAGGUCGGGUACAUACCGAAUUCAUGUGCACCUGACAACAACCAUUCAGAGUUUUUUUUUUUUUUUUUUUGGCGUGAUCGCCGGUUGUCCAGCAAGCGUUGUCAUAAGACUCGUGGAGAAAUGAGAGGCUCGGUCCUCUCACGUGUGGAUGACAGGUCUGUAAUGUAAAACAACAGUAGGAUCCAUGCGGACGCAUCCAACGUGUAGGAAGAACCGACUAGUUCCGACUACCAGCGUCGUCGCAGAAAAGCACGGCGGGAUUCACGGAUUUUCCACAUGUGCUACUUGCUGGCCAGACAGUCGGACCAAUACUACCGUGGCACCUCCUCGCCCACUCUCUUUCUCUGGACCCUCUCUCCUUGCCCCAACUAAGGGUGGGUGUGUUUUUGUUCUUGUUUAAGGUAUUUUUUAAUUUCAGUUUUGGGGACGCAGUAUAAACACGUUAACGAG